GGUCCCGGGCUGCGCUGUGCUGUGCUUCGCUCUGCCUUUAAUACAGCGGGUACUGGCUGGUUUUUAACAUCGGCCGGCGCUGAGUUCUUGCUGAUAACCUUAAACCAGCGUCCGUCUCCAUAUCGAUUCAGCGUCAGAUAAGGAUCGUGAAGAAAAGGGGGGGAAAGUAUCAACGAGUGACGGUCAUGCAGCUGAGAAUAUCGUGCGCCCAGAAAAGCUCGUUUAUUUUGGUGACCGCCUGGCUUUGCAGCGUCCUUGCAACCAGAGGGCACAGUGAUGGGAUUAACCACAAAUACAAAAGAGUAAACAAGCACAAGCCCUGGAUCGAGACAUCUUACCAUGGAGUGAUAACGGAGAACAAUGACACGGUUUUUCUGGACCCACCGCUGGUUGCGCUGGAUAAGGAUGCACCAGUGCCCUAUGCCGGUGAAAUUUGUGCUUUCAAGAUUCACAGUCAGGAUGUGCCUUUUGAAGCUGUGGUGUUAAACAAGACAUCUGGGGAAGGUUUGCUGCAGGCAAAAAGUCCAAUCAACUGUGAGCUUCAGAAAGAAUACACAUUCAUCAUUCAAGCAUAUGACUGUGGAGCCAGACCUAGUGGAACUUACUGGAAAAAAUCACACAAGGCAGUGGUACACAUUCAGGUGAAUGAUGUCAAUGAAUAUGCACCAAUGUUCAAAGAGACGGUGUACAAAGGUGUGAUCACAGAAGGGAAGCUGUACGAUAACAUACUGCAGGUGGAAGCAGUGGAUGAGGAUUGCUCUCCUCAAUACAGCCAGAUUUGUAAUUAUGAAAUUGUUACACCUGAUGUACCCUUUGCAGUUGAUAGAAAUGGUAUUAUUAGGAACACAGAGAAAUUGAGCUAUGACAAUGAACACCAAUACAAGUUCAUGGUGACAGCGUAUGAUUGUGGCCAAAAGGAAGCGUCAGAAGAUGUAUUAGUUCACAUUGAAAUUAAGCCAGUUUGCAAGCCUGGCUGGCAAGGCUGGAAUAAACGUGUUGAAUAUAAGUCUGGCUCUGGCAGUAAAGUAUUGCUUCCCAGAAUCCACCUGGAGACCUGUGGGGAACCCGUAUCUUCUGUGCAGACCACAAUAGAACUUCAGACCAGCCACAUUGGAAAGGGAUGUGAUCGGGACACAUAUUCUGAGAAAUCCUUACAAAAAUUAUGCGGUGCUUCUUCAGAGAGCAUUGAUUUACUCCCAGCACCCUAUGGUUUAUCAAAUUGGACCUCCAGUCUUGUGAUGGACAGUGGGCAUGACAGUGACUUGAUCUUUAAAUUUGACGGCAAACAUGCUGCAAAGAUUCCUGAUGGGGUGAUGCCCAAGAAUCUCUCCGAUCAAUUUACCAUCGCAACAUGGAUGAAGCAUGGACCCAGUUCAGGAGUGAGAGCAGAGAAGGAAACCAUUCUCUGCAAUUCAGAUAAAACAGAAAUGAAUCGCCACCAUUACGCACUGUACGUCCACAAUUGCCGGCUGGUGUUCUUGCUUCGUAGAGAUUUUGACCAAGUUGACACAUUUCGUCCAGCUGAAUUCCAUUGGAAACUGGAACAGAUCUGCGACAAGGAAUGGCACUAUUACGUUAUUAAUGUUGAGUUUCCUGUAGUAACAUUGUACGUGGAUGGAGUGAUUUAUGACCCCUACCUGGUGACAGAUGACUGGCCCAUCCACCCGUCACACAUUGAUAUGCAGCUAACUGUUGGAGCUUGUUGGCAGGGUGGGGAAAUUUUGAAGCCUCAGUUUGCCCAGUUUUUCCAUGGUAGCCUUGCAGGUUUAUCUAUUCGUCCAGGCAAGAUUGAGAGUCAGAAAGUUAUCUCCUGCUUGCAGACCUGCAAAGAAGGUUUGGAUAUUAAUUCCUUGGAGAGCCUUGGCAAAGAAAUCAAGUUUCACUUUAAUCCUGCCCAGUCAAUCUUGGUCAUGGAAGGGGAUGACAUUGACACCAUAAAUCGAGCAAUGCAGUCAGUAGCAUAUAUUAACUCAAGACAAUUUCCAACUCCUGGUAUUCGACGCUACGCACUAUCCAGCCAAGUGCAGUGUUUCGGUGAGGACACUUGCAUCAACGUCCCAGGUAUCGAUGGUUACAUAGUGGUCCUUCAACCUGUUGAACCAAAGAUUACCAUUAGUGGAUUGGAUCAUUUUUCCAGACCGGCAUCAGAGUUCGAAAGCAACAGAGGCGUGGUUCUAUUUCCUGGCCUCAGGAUCAUGAGCACUGUUAGAAGAGGGGGACGUGAGGAUGGCAAAGCCCGUCAUCCUGGUGGACCUGAAGAAAUUGUUCACAACCUGGAUUACUGUGAUAUUUUGGUCACAGGAGAUGAAUUAAAUUCUGAAACUGAAUGUCUGGAACUAGAACCAAUUGAGUUGCAUGGGAAACAUCUUGAAUUCACUAAUUCCACUGCAGGGAUGUCAAUUUACGGUGUGGACACCAUGGCAAACUAUGAGCAUGUGCUUCGCAAACUCCGAUAUCGCCACUGGGAAACUGCGUCCAUUUUUGGCCGAAAGUUUAGGCUGACAUGCUCAGAACUCAAUGGGCGUUACACAAGCAAUGAAUUUAACUUAGAGGUGAACGUUCUUCACAACAUUAAUCUUAUGGACCAUGUUAAUCAUGUGGUUGUUCAGCCUCAGUUUCUCCAGUCUAUCCAUCAUUCGCUGCCCGAUCUCCCAGGUCACAACCUUAAUACUGCUCAUAACUCAGCUAUUCCAAGUGCUGCAACUAUCGUCAUAGUUGUGUGUAUUAGCUUCCUAGUCUUGAUAAUUGUUCUGGGGGUCUUCAGGAUCCGAACAGCCUUCCAGCGCACCAGUCGUGAAAACGAGAGUGGGAAAGAAAAUGAAAUGGAUUGGGAUGACUCUGCUCUCACCAUCACCGUUAAUCCAAUGGAGAACUAUGAAGACCUUGCGCACAGUGAGCAGGAGAGUGAAGAAGAGGAGGAGGAGGAGGAAGGUGAGGAGGAUGACAUUACAAGUGCUGAUUCAGAGGAGAGCGAGGAAGAGGAAGAAGCCGAGCAUGAGGAAGAUCAGCAAAAUGUUACCAGGAGGGAACAGCUAGAAUGGGAUGAUUCAACACUUCCCUAUUAAAGGCUGCAGAUCUCAUAAAUCACAAAUGAGAUUUUGAUGUCCAGCAAAGUGGUAUAAUCAGAAUUAUUUAGAAUACUGUUGAUGGUGAGUAGGGUAUGAAGAACUUCUGAGUUGUUCACCAAAUUAUUAAGUGAUUUGCAGUGGCAUAUCUGGGUCCAAGAGUUGACAUUAGUUAUAUUGCCUGUAUUUAUUUUGUUAUAUCUGGGUGUUCAUUGUGUGGUUACCCGAAUGUUCUAUCUUUGCACCAAGAACUAUUAACUUUGUGAAAUCAUGUAUCAGUAUCUGUAAUUUGAAUUUUUCUGAAGUACUUUAUUUAUUUAUUUGAAAUAAAAAUAAACUUUCUCUGAUGGGUCAUGCUGAAAUAGGGCAAAGAGAGAAAGUUAAAAAUGAAAAGACAAAUUUUAUAUUUCAUGAUGUAAAUACCAUGUUUAAAUUAAGCAAAAGAAAGCAGUUGCUCAGAUUAUGUCUGCUCUAAGGUUUUAUGUUGAGAAGAAGAUUAAAUAAUGUUUAAUUUGCAUAACCUUUGAAUCACAAACAUGGUUUUUCCUCCAGUGACAUCUCCACUGAGAUGCAAAUAAACCAUUGCUUGAGAUAGCAGACUUUCUUUAUUAAGUUUAACAAGACAUAUUUUUCACAAAGAAAGUGCUGGACACAUGUUUCAUUUACAGGAGAGUGUAAACAUAUUUAAUCUAAGGAAGUGAUAAAGUGUUUGUUUGACAUAUUUUAUAAGUUCAAGUAAAAACUUUACCAAGUAGCUACUUUUUCUUGUAACGUGCAAGGGUUAAUCUCUUAACCUGAUGAUUUACAUGAAGAAGAGCUAGAGUUGGAUAAUGAUUGAUAAUAUAAUAAUUUCAUUAUUUCCCAAAAUUCAAUAAAAGAAAAAGUCCUAAACCAACUUUUUUCACUUUGAAAAUGAAGUUUAGUAUCAAAACCUUCUAUAGCAUACAAUAGAACUUUGACUCCACACACUCAGCCAAAGGGACCUGAUUCUGUGUUAAGUUUUGAUUGCUUAUGUAUUUAAAAAGUUUUUAGGCUUGAUUUGGUUUGUAUUCAGAUAUGGUCAUGCCAGGAUCAGGCUGCGUUUAAAACUUAAUAUCUGGUCAAAUCUGUGCCUUGCACUCUCCAAAUUCAGUUGUAUAAUUUGAGCAUCCAUUUUAUUAAGAACUGUGGAUCUGACUUUUGUAACUUUGUUGCCAGUCCACCACAUUUUAUGGUUGCUUUGAUGAUGCAUGACAUUAAAGAAUUGAUUUUGACAGAUUCCAGAAUCUGAGCUUUAUAGCACUGUUAAGCUAAUAAGCAGAAAAGUAACUAAAGCAUUGGGAUAAAAUAUCAGAGAGGCUCAAGUAACCUUACCAAGCAAGUUGAGCUUUGACUUAUUUUUUAACUUCAUCUGUUCUCAUUCCAGCCGUUUACAUGUUGAUCAAUGCAUUGUCCUUUUUCUCUUUACAUUGCUGUUCUCAUUAAGCUUAGGAAAUAUUGCAAAUGAAUUUUCUUUGUUACAAUCUGAUUUCUUUGACACCAGGAUCAUUUAAAUCUAUGAAAUAUAUAUAGAAUUAUAAUUGUUUAAUUACUGAAGCAAAAGUUGAAGCAUUAAACUGGAAAGUUAAGUCAAUAUAGAUAAUUGGAAUCAGAAAUAUAUCAUAACUUAUUAUUUCCCAUUUAGUUCGCUGGAUUGAAGAAUAUGAGUUAGCAUGUUUUGCACAUUCUAUGAAGUGUGUGUUUGUAGUUUUGUCAAAUAUAUUCAAUGUACAUAAUCAAGAAUCACCUUGGUCAUUGUUCAUUGAUAUUACUGAAGGUUUCAUCUUGUGAUUUAUUUUUCUAAGUCCCAGAACGUUAAGUGUCACAUGACUCUGAAAGAAUAAUUCAUUGUUUGUCAGUAAACACUGUAACUUUAGCCGAUACUGUUGAAAUUAAUGUUCAGUAGAGAACAUAAGGGAGAAAAGGAUGUUGAUUAUAAAUCCUCCAACAACACUACAAAUUGUAGUAGAGAUAAAAAUGUUAACUUUUAAAUGGCAAUUAUACAUUAAUUUACACCAAGGAACAGCUGCUAUUCAUGGAGGCAAAUUUGGUUUAUUGCUGUACUGGUAAAACAGUCUGUCAAAUAUCUUCUUAUUACCUGGGAGAUCUUUUGCUCUCGCGAUUAUGCUGGCUCUCAGAGCAUUCCCGUCAAUCGCAUUUCCCUAUGAUCCCACAUGUCCCAUCAACACCCACCUGAUUCUCCCACGGCCCACCAAUGCUACUUUACAUCAGCCAAUUAACCCACCUACUGUUGUUUCUUAGAACAUAGAGGAGA